CUGGUGACAGUUGGUACUCGACGGUCAGCUGCAACGAGUGUAAACAAAACAGAAGAUUUCAUAACUUUUCUUUGAUGUAAAGGGAUUACGAUAAUGACGUCUUUUAAUUUAAAAUGUUGCUGAUCGUCGUGUUACCGUUAUUAUUCAUUUGAAAGUUUCCUGUCGUUUGUUUACUGUCCCAGCAUGGAUGCCGACGGCCCCCAGGCUCUGUGCGACCUCUGCUUAGCUCAGGUAUGCAGCAGCCUGGACGCUCUGUGCAGCAGGCGAGCAGACAGCACCAUGUGCCUCAGCUGUGCCCCACUUUUCCCACAAGAGAUGGCAGACCAGUUACUGCGUAAGAUGGCGACUAAGGGGCUACUGAAUGACACAACUGUUGGGAUUUUCCGAAACUGCAAAGAGCUCCGCCUGCACCGAGCCUCCAUUCGCUGCUGUCCAGUGUCCGCAGAAGCUUUCCGCCUGGCCCUCUGCCCUCACCGGCUCCAGGAACUAGAUGCUUCCUGGGUUUCUGGCGGCCUCACUGGGGCAAACAUCGUCUCAGGCCUGGCCUCCAACCCGGAGUGCAGAUCCAGCCUGCAGAGGUUGUCCCUCACUGGGCUGCAUAUGGACUUUGAGUCUCUGGUGGAGGAUGGAGGGGCCCGUGUUGGCUUCAGCUCCCUGCACGGCUUGAGAGCGCUUAACCUCGCCAACACAGACCUGACUGAUGCUGUCCUUGCGGAUAUCUGCACUCUCCCUCAGCUGGAGAGCCUGGACAUCUCCUGCAGUGCCGUCUCGAAGCUUACCGCACUCCUCGAUUGCAAGAACACGCUGAAAUCCUUGAUGGCACACCGGGUGCGGCAGCUGGAUAUGUCGCCUGCCAGGUUGCUCUUUGUCCUCAGCCAACUUCACGCUCUCAGGCAUCUAGACUUUUCAGAGGACCAUUUUGCUGUGGAUGACAGUGACGGGAGAGACGGGCAGGAGACAGUGCGGCAGCUUCUGGAGGGAAGCGCACAUGUCCUCCCUUCACUUGUUUCUCUAGAUAUCUCUGGACGGAAGAGAACUACUGAAGCAGCAGUAAGAGCGUUUGUGGAGGCCAGAGGUGGACUGGUCUUCUUGGGCCUGCUAGCCACCGGGGCUAGCUCCUGUGACAUCCUGACUUCACAGAAAAACCUAAAAGUAACUGGAGAGGCGAAUGAGAACCAGGUGUGUGAGGCCCUGUGGAGGUACAGGGACCGGGAGUGUUUCAUACGAGAGGCCCUUGUCCAUCUCUACAAUCUAACCACUGACAUUGACAAACCACGACCAGAUAUGCUAAAGCUGGUGUUGAGUGGGAUGCAGAGCCACCCCGCCUCCCUGCACGUCCACCUGGUGGCCACAGCGUGCAUGUUCAACCUGACCACUCAGAACCUGGCAGAGGCCAUGCCUGUCAGCCUGCUCAGCUCCACCGUCACCCAGCUGCUGUACGCCAUGACAAGCUUCCCCAACCACCAACAGGUGCAAAAGAACUGUCUGCUGGCGCUCUGCAGUGACUACAUCCUUCAGGACGUCCCGUUUGACAAGUAUUUAGCAGCCAUGCUGGUGAUUAAGUGGCUGCGCAGCCACGAGGAUCCUACCCUUCAGAGGAUGGCUGUGGCUGUCAUCUCCAUUCUGGUGGCCAAGUUGUCCACAGAGGAGAUGGCUCAGCUCGGCAAGGACGCCUUUAUUAUGAAGCAGCUGCUGGCUAUUGUGCAGCAGAAAGCCAUGGUGGGAGUGGUGGACUCCACUCUGAAGUUUGCCCUCAGCGCUCUGUGGAACCUGACAGAUGAGAUGCCCACCGCUGCUCGCAAUUUCAUCGAGUGCCAGGGCCUAGAGCUGUACGAAGAGGUUCUUGAGACCUACUACACUGAACCUUCUAUUCAGCAGAAAGUGCUUGGCCUCCUGAACAACAUAGCAGAGGUGGAGGUGUUACAGGCGGACCUGAUGGAGGAGGGCCUGCUGGAGCACAUCCUCAGCCUACUGCAGGACUCCCAGGUGGAGGUGGGGGUCCAUUACUUUGCAGGGGGAACUCUGGCACAGCUCGCCUCCAGACCUGAGGCCUGGACGCUGGGCGACGAGCUCCGCAGCGCCACACUGAAGCAGCUGCAUGCAUCCAUAAUGACAUGGACCCAACUCGAGAGAGAAAUAGUCUCUUACAGGUCAUUGCGUCCAUUUUGCCCUCUGCUUCAGACUUGGCAGCCCUCGGGAGUGCAGCUGUGGGCAGUCUGGGCCAUACAUCUGGUCUGCUGUCAGAACCCUUCACAUUACAGCAGCAUGAUGGAGAAGGAGGGCGUGACUGAACUUCUGUCGGCUUUGGCUGCACAUCCCGACACACACGACGACAUUAAAGGACUGUCAGACGGCAUCCUGCGUAUGAUAGAGCAACACCAAAAUCCCUCCUUCAAAAACCACAUGGAGCCUCGAAACUCUUGACAAAAGUGCAAAGGAACUGAAUUGAUUUAUUGUUGAGGUUGCAGAUACUGUAUUGAAGUACAGACAGUUCACAUCAAUCAUCUUGAAAUGAAAGUAAAAUGGAAUAAAGGAUGUGCUGUAUAUGUUAUAGGGAGCGCAUGAUCACUGGUCGUGAAACGUUAUUUCUGUCAUGAUCUUCUUUUAAACUGUUGAUUUAGUUUAAAAUCAUUUGGAGAGAAAAAAGUGUUCACAGAUAGUAAUGAAAGUCCUAAUUAAUAAUUGCACCAUUCUGAAGUCAAGAGACUGAAAUGUAAACCAACACCUGUCACUAGAGGGUGCUUUGGUUCAGCUUCAGGGCUGUUUUGACUUUAAGCUCUGUUUAUGUAAAAUAUUCACUCAGCACGUGUAAGGAUUCAAAAUCAUACAUGAUAAGUAUCAAGAUACCAAAGCCACCUGUGUUUAUCUGUCCGUACUGAGGGCAUCAUUAUAAAGCAGUCAUGCUCGAAAAUAAGUUAUCUCUCCUCUCCUGCUCUCUCUCCCCCCUGGUGUCCUCGAAGCUGAAUUCAUUAUAUUUUAUGUAACACAGCUGGAAGACAGAAUUGCUUGAAGGCAUCUACAGAGUCUAUUCUAAGUUGUCCUAUAAAUAAAUCCUUUUGAAAAG